GAAUGCAACCACUGCGCAACACCCUGCGAAGAGUUCCACAACAACUCCACCGCAUCAGCAAGCACCACUACACGCACCCCACGACGACGAAAGCUCCAGCUCUAGCUCAACAACCCGUCACCACCCGGACCUUUACUUCCACCAGCCCAGCAGCAAUGUCGCUCUUCCCGCGCUUCACGCAGGAGUUCGCUCCGCUCUUCCGUCUCAUGGACGACUAUGACCGCCGCGUCUUCCGCGACGUUGACCGCUCGAUCCGCGACAUCCGCACCUUCACGCCCAAGUUCGACGUCAAGGAGGUCCAGGACGCGUACGAGCUGCACGGCGAAUUCCCCGGCAUCGAGCAGAAGGACAUCAACAUCGAGUGGACGGACGCCAACACGCUGACGAUUAGCGGCCGCCACGAGCAAGUGAGGGAGGAGGGCGAGCGGCCGCAGGGCUUCAUCGAGGAGGGCGAGCAGCACUACCAGAAGCCGAGCGUGGAGGAGGAGGCCGGCGAGUCGAGCAAGGAGGGCGAGACGCAGGUCGCGAAGAAUGACAAGGGCGAGGUCGCGAAGCAGGAGAAUGCGCCGAAGUACUGGGUUAGCGAGCGCAGCGUCGGCGAGUUCCAUCGCAGCUUUAGCUUCCCCGCGCGUGUCGAUCAGGAUGCUGUUAAGGCCAGCUUGAAGAAUGGCAUCUUGAGCAUUGUGGUCCCGAAGGCGAAGGCUCCGCAGCCGCGCAAGAUCAGUAUCGAGUAAGCGGCGAGACUCGACUGACGUCAAUUACCUUCCGAUCGAGUCGCCUUCAUCCACACCACCAACAAACAAUUCGGCAUCAACUCUCCUUCCUCGAUCUGAUCUGAUCUCGACCUCGACUUCAUACACUUCUUGUUUCAGCAACAAACAAACAAAAGUCCUUGUCCAUUCCUUCCUUCCUCCCUUCCUUCCUUUCUCAACAACAACACCAACACCAACAACGAGAACGACAACCGGAUCUCACGACUAGCAUGAUUACGGAGUUUAACUUCAGGGAGUCAGGGCAUCAGCAUGGAGUAUUUCAAAUGUAUGCGGGCUUUCCCUUCACACUCCUUUCUUGGACACACAUAGCCUCUACCUUCCUUCUCUUCAUCUCUCCACUCUUCGAAAAGCUUCGACGGAAUGGUUUGGUUGAUUGGGGGAUUGGAUUGAUUCGGGCGCGUGGGAAA